AUGUCCCUCCUCCACCGAACGAAGCUCCCUCGACCACCCGCCCUCCACCAAGUCCUGCUUCUCCCCUCAAGCCUCCGCUCACGAACCUUCCACGCCUCACCCAGACCGCAAAAUGUCCUCCUCACAGCAAUCAAUGCCUCGCAUACAGCUCUAGAUGGCCUGCACUCCCUCACCGGCCUCCCCUGGGCCUACAGCAUCCCCCUCUUCGCCCUCCUCCUCCGAUGCACCAUCAUCCUACCCAUCUCCAUCUACCAGCGACGCGCAAUCCUAAAACAAGCGUCUCUGCUCCCGCUCCUUCAAUCGUGGCGCCAUGCUCUACAACACGAGACGAUGCGGGAAGUCAGAGCGAAGAGGAGCGAGCUAUACUCCCGUCACGGAUGCGGGAUGUGGAAGAAUUUCCUGAUGCUGGUACAGCUGCCUGUCUUCCUCAGUGUCAUGGAAGCAUUGCGCAAGAUGUGCGGGUCGAGAGAAGGCGUGCUGGGCAUGUUGAUGGGGAAUCAAAACAACGUCGUUGAGACUGGCGUCGAGAACGUCGCGGGCGUUAUCACAGGCGACGGGCUGGUCGAUCAAGCGCUCAGUAUCCCGACUGAGAUGUCGCUGGCUACGGAAGGCGUGCUGUGGUUCCCGAAUUUGCUGGUUGGCGAUCCGCAACUCGUGCUACCGUUCGUACUGUCUGCGACUCUGCUGCUGAACAUCUUUGGGCUGCCGACGUCGAAAAGACCGUGGAGUGUAAGAUUGAAGCGGUCUUUGGGCUUGGUCUGCCUUGUAGUGGGACCUCUGAUGAUUAAUGUCCCGAGUGCGCUGUUAAUAUACUGGAUUAGUAGCAGUGCGUCGGCGUACCUGCAAGCUCUUGCAUUGGAGAACUUCAUGCCUAUUCCGAAGGCCGUUGCGCCUUGUGAGCCGAAGCGGCCGUGGAGGGCAGGGCUAGGUGUCCAGAUGUCUGCGGUGCAGUCUAGAAUAGGAGGGAAUUGGAGAGAGGUGAAGAAGCCGGUGGCCACCGAGAGAGGUCCGCGGAAGUAA